AUGGGCAGAAAAGACUUUUUUGCUGAGCGCGAUGAGAUCGCAAAGGAAAGACGUCGUCUACAACGGGAAAGAAACGGUUAUGUUCCUGGAGUUCGCAGACAGGAGGAUUCAAUUCGGGAGAAAGACAAAAGGCUUGCCGAGACCAACAACUUACAUCGACAAAACGUGGAUCUUUGGCUGAAUCUUACUGCAGACCUAGAGAAUGGAUUUGAAUACUACAGGACCUCGUUUGGUUGCCCAGCCCCAAGUCACGAGAUGAUCAAGGAAUUUAUCCGCUGGUACAUUGGUUCUAUUCAAGGCCGACUAAACGAGAUUGGACGACCAACGCACAUUGACUUUGUACUAUUUCCUUCAACCACGGCCCCUUGGGCGGUGGGAUGGCGGGUCAAACAGGUCUGGCUCAAGAAUUUAACCGAUGUCCACAAUACACUGUGUGAAUUCGGGAUUGGUAUCCGGGACAGCAACAGACCGCAAUUUGCUCUAGGCUACCUUCCUCUCUCCCUCGCACUAGCACACGGUGCUCUCUGUCGGGUCAACACUGCGGACGAUCCAGCACAAUUCGAUCUCUCAAAUGGAGGAUUUCCAUUGCGAUGGAAAGAUGAGUACUUGGAAAGCCAGUCCUCAGACAUGCCAUGGCAGAUGGACCCCAAGAGACUCCUUUGA